AUGCAACUCCUCUCUGUAUUUUGUCUCCUUAUCCUUGCGACUCCCACUGCAAAGUACUGGAAUAUCAAAAUUUACAGUGACACUACCUGCAAGAAUUACAUCAGCUCUUGGAGCGUUGGUGGCGACCCGUGGACUUUCGGUUAUAACUACGAUAUUCACUGCGCAAAGGUUACCAAUGGCCCCGAUGGUGGAUCCUAUCAAUUUUGGUCGGACGAUGGGUGCCCAAAGGAGCUUGGAAACUUCGUAAUAACUGAAUAG